AAUCCUGUGGGGCAUUUUGCUUCAUACCCUCGAGCUUCGGAAAUGGCGAUCGGCAUCCCAUGGCAUCGUCCUCUCUUCCUUCCGACGAAGCCCGAUCGUCCCAAUUAUCGCUUCACCAGCACAACGAUUUCGCGUCCUUUGGCGAUUCGAGCGUUCCGCCGCAGCGACUUCGACGGCUUUGCACGGCGCGUGGCCUCCGGCGAAGCGCUGCGUGAUGCGUGGAGGAGUGCGAACGAGGGGAUUGAGCAACUUGCGUUCGAAGCUCGGCGGGCGGCCGAGCGGAUCGACCGACGCUAUGCCGUAUCUAGACGCAUAGGAUCCGCUGCACGGACUGCUGCUUCGAGGGCGCAGGAGAUUGACUUUGAGAUCGGGAUUAGCCGCCGAUGGCGUUCCUUCUCUAUGGAUUUUUCCAGGAACUGGCCUAGGUACAGGAGGGAGUUGAAUGGGUUUCUUCAGACGCCUGUUGGUAGAGGGUCUAUGAUGGCCUUCUUCUUCUGGUUUGCUUUAUCUGGGUGGAUGUUUAGGUUUUUCAUUAUAGCUACUUGGGUAUUGCCAUUUGCAGCGCCUCUUCUUAUUGGUACAUUUGCAAAUAGUUUUGCUCUUCAGGGUGUUUGCCCAGCUUGCAAGAGGCAGUUUAUUGGUUACCGUAACCAAGUAAUCCGUUGCCCAGGCUGCAGAAACAUUGUGUGGCAACCUGGCGAUGAUGAUUUCACCAAGAACAGGAGCAGUACGUCCUCUAAACCUUCCGAGUCUGACAUAAUCGAUAUUGAGAUAGAGGAGAAAUGAGAAAAUAUUUUGUUAGCAUGAUUUGCUUCAGAAAAAUCUGUAAGAAAUGCAAGACACAGGGGACUUCCAAACGAUGCCCUUGAGGGAUCUUCUUGUGCUCUGCUGUACAUGAAAUGUCCUAGAGUCUGUCCUAUUCUGUGAAUAUUCUUUUACUCGACACGAGUUGUCACCGAAUUCUUAGCAAUAACGAAAACAAAAAAAAAUGAGAAAAUUAAACUUAUUUUGCC